ACCCAAACAAGGCACUAAUGCACUAUGGCAGGUACUACUGUAUAAAAACAGUUAGCUAAGUCAUUAAAACACCAUGUGGAGAGUGGAGUAUAAUAGUAUAUGCAUAAUGCAUGCAUGUAUAUAGAAGAAGCUUAUAUAGGUGAAAAAGAAAGAAAACUCCAUAAUAUAUUAUAUAUAUAUAUAUAAAGAGUAGCUAACAUAAUUAAAAUCCUAAUAUUAAUAAAAAUAAGGUUCCGAUGAGGAGAGGGUUUAUGUGCCAAUCGCCGGCGUCUAUGGCUUUCGGGUGUAUGCCGGAUGAUGUCAUCGUGCCACGUAAGCAUCAGCAGCAUGAGCAUGGGAGAAUGAAGAAUGUUAAGUAUUCUAGGGUUGUUGAAUCAUCAGAAGAAAAAAGGUUGUUGUUAUUAAAAAGGAGAGAUGGAUUUAAUCAUAAUCGUAAUCUUAAAGCUCAUGCUCAUGCUCAUGCUCAUGCUCAUGCUCAUGCUCAUGCUCAUGCUCAUGCUCAUGCUUAUCAACUUCCGAUUAAAACCAAGUCUUUGCAAAUCAAUUCCUCCACUUCACCUCUUCUUUUUCAGGUAGUGGUCCUAAGAGUCUCUCUCCAUUGCCAAGGAUGUGCCGCUAAAGUCAAGAAACAUUUAUCAACAAUGGAAGCAGGGGUAACAUCCUUCACCAUAGACUUGGAAACCAAGAGGGUUACAGUUAGGGGCCAUGUUUCACCAUCAGGACUCCUUCAAAGCAUCUCCAAGAUUAAGAGGGCCGAGUUCUGGACAUCCUGAAUAUCUUUUUUCAUUUUUUUUAGUUUUUUUUUUUAAUGUUCUAAUUUAAGUUUAUUCCUGCAUACUUCUUUUACUGUUGUUGGAAAUUCGAAUUAAAUUCAAAUUUAUCA